AUGGAGACAGGAGCAGCUGUAGAAGAAGGAUUCUUGGACGUGGAGAACUCAGGGAGACUUCCAUGUCACUUCAUGAGAUCUCGCUCUGCCUCUGCCUCUAUUCCUGCUCGAAAUCACGAGAAGCUCUCGGUACCAAUAAGGCAAGAGAUAAGAGAACGUCCUCCGACUUCGUACUGCGUGAAGUUCCAGUCUUUUGCCACUAUGUCGAAACUGGUCAAAAGCAAUGGUGACAUGUACGAGUCACGUCCUUUCUCCAUCGGUGGAUACAAUUGGACGUUACUAAUCUACCCGAACGUGAACAAGCCAGAGGGCUCAGGUGGAUUUGUUUCGCUUUACGUAAAAAUUGAUAACUCAACCCUCAUUGCCAAUCCAAGAGAUGUGUAUGCAGAGAUCACAUUCCUCACCUAUAAAAGCACUAUAGACAAGUACCAUAUUCUCAAGGAGACUGAUGCGCAGCGAUUUCAUUUGUUUAGACAACAAUGGGGACAGUUAAACUUUCUUGAAAUAGGGUAUUACGAAAAUCCGGCUCAUGGAUUCAUUUUCAACGGCGGAGAAAGUGUGUUUGGCGUUGACAUCUUCGUUACUAACCCUUUCAAGGAAUGGGAAGUUGUCUCUUACGAACAAAACAUUCGUGACCCUAUUUUCAAUUGGAAACUAACCAAAUUCUCUACCCGCGAUCUUGACUAUUACACUUCUGGUUCGUUUUCUUCUGGAGGAAGAGACUGGGAAUUGAAAGUGUAUCCAAAUGGAGUCGGAUCUGGGAUGGGUAAUUCGUUGUCACUCUAUUUGUUGAGUACGUCAGGUGAAAAUGGUUACGUGGAAGCCAAGUUACGAGUCAUUGGAUCCACUAAUGUGGAGAAGCAAGUGGCCGGAAUGCCCAAUGCAACAGAAAAUGGAUGGGGUUUCGACAAGUUUAUGCCACUUGCAGAUAUCAGAGACACAUCCAAAGGUUUCCUUGUCAAUGAUGCUCUCAAAAUUGAAGUCGAGAUCGUGUCUUUCUCUAAAACCGACUCUAUCUAA